AUGGCGGACCACCCGGACGCCAUUGAACGACCUGAUGACCCCGGCGAUGAACCCGCUCGUCGUUCGCCAAUUGAUCUGUCCGCGGCCGUUACCGGGCUGGAUCUGCUAUUCUCCAACUUAGCGGCAGUAGAUAACCAUGGAAAGGCGCCUGCAGUCGCGCCGACCGUCGAUGUUCCAUUUGAACCCAUCGACGAGCAUCUGUGUCCCUCCCCUACUGUGCCCGUGUUGGAGCAAGACAGCUCCAACCCUUCAGGUGAAGAAAUCGCGGCGGUGCCAGUGGCUAAGAAGUCCGCCAGGUACACGCAGUCAACGCUGCCGUGGCCCAAGAAGGGAGGUCCCGCUGGUGCAACACCGGCUUCGCCAGCCGACCAACUGUCGACGCCCGCGACCGCAGGCACGCAGGCGUCGCCCUCAACACCUGGGCCUUCUAAACCGGCAGGGCCAGACGCAACCUACGCGGAGGCUCUGUAUAAGUACAAAAGCGAGUGGCUCGAGCGGUUUUCUUGGCUUAUUCUGCUAAAAAAAACUGACGGUUUCCCCGCUUUCAAGUGCAGCAUCUGUACGGAGCACGCAGGCUACGCUGGACCGUGUGGGAGAGGCGGAAAGGGCGCCACAGACGUUCAGACGCAGGCGUUCAAACGGCAUGCGGCAACUACCAAGCACAAGGAGGCGUUGAAACACCAGCAGAAGCUUCUCGACGACGGCGCUACGCAGCCACGGAUCAACGGCGACAAUCUCGCUCGCGACACGGAGAAGGAGCGGGUCGUCAAGCUCCUCGACUCCCUGCUCUUCGUGACCAAGCAAGAUGCACCCAUAGAGUUAUGGGUGAAUCUUGUGCGCUACCUCGCGCGACUCAAGGUGCCCGGGUUCCCAGCAAAAGGCUACGGAACCUAUUAUACUACGGAGGCCCUCGCAGCAAAGGACGCCGCUGAACAACUCCCCGAGUUCGGCAUGGUGGACUCCCUGCUCCGCCAAGUGGCAGAGCAUUUGGGGCGUUCUGGCCCGUGGCAUCAACGCUUCAUUGGCCUGCAGGAGGUGUUCACGAAAACAAACCUGGAGCUACAAGGGAUCCACGACGUCCCCUGGCUCUCCCACGGUGACGCCAUUCUGCGCGCGGUAGAGGUCUUCCCCGCGCUGAUCGUGAUGCUGUAUGAGUGGGACAUCACCCUCUACGAGCUCGCCACGAGCUACAGGUUUCACUUUCUGCUAUACUUCCUUGCAGACGUCCUCGAGCAGCUCAAUGUGCUGAACAGGGCAUUCCAGCAGCGUGAGCUGGACAUUGCAAGUGUCCACGGGCAGAUCCGCCGGUCGAUUUCAUUCCUAGAGUCCCGCUACGUCGACUGUGGUGACGACUUUGGAGGCGGGGUGAGCGCGCGCCUCUCCCCGUUCAUCAAGAAGCACGGGCCUGAGGGGGGCAAUCCCGAGGUGAAGGUGCAGGGAGUCGACUCGGACGGGCGGCCCACGACACACACCUUCGAGCUGCACGAGAAGCCGAGCGAAGACUACCCGACCCUCGGCUCCCACGACGCCUGCGUCGAUCUCUGCACCACCUUCGCCGAGACGCUCGUGCAAAACCUCAGCACACGGUUCCAGGACCUGGACUCCCUGGUGGGAGUGCGGCUGUUCAUGCCUGACGAGUGGGAGCUGGGGAGAGCAGAGCGCCACAGGCAGUGUCUCGAGUGGCUCGAGUCUCUCGUGAGGCUGUUCAGGGCACAGGACACGGACUACAUCAUUCCAGGGGUCGACAAGCGGCGUGCGAUCAAGGAGCUGCGGGCCUUCUGCCCCAUCCUCGCAGCACAGCACGUGCCCGCACGGCACAGCAUGUGCCCGCACGGCACAGCAUGUGCCACAGCAUGUGCCCGCACGGCACAGCAUGUGCCACAGCAUGUGCCCGCACGGCACAGCAUGUGCCCGCACAGCACAGCAUGUGCUGUGCCCGCACGGCACAGCAUGUGCCCGCACGGCACAGCAUGUGCCCACACGGCACAAACGCUGCCUUCCUCGGCCUCUCCAAGCACACACGGCACACCCACCCUUCCCCCCCUCUGCUCCACUCCCCUCAACAUCCUUCCCAGCUACUAUUCCUCCUUCCACUCCCUCUCCUCUUCCCCUCUUACCGCUCCUCCCCCGUGCCUACCCCUGCGCCCCUCCUCUUUCUUCCACUGCUCCUCCCCUCAGUCUCUCCAACCCCAUGUACCUUCUGCUGUCGGUUAA